CCAUCUCUGGCUGUUUCCUGUGUGGGAGGGUCAGGGCUGCUGUCUGUGCUGAGCUCAACACAGACAGGAGAGUGUGGCUGUCCCAUCAUCACUAUCACUGGAUGGCUCUGUGAGUGGCUGAGAGGCUCUGGUACCCAGCACCAGCUCGGGGGGAGCUCUACAUCAGCAGCUGCGGCCGAGGCUGGGACAUGCUCGCUCACUUCCUAAAGGAAGAUUCAGAAGACACGGAAAUAGAGUGGAUAAUGAAAGAGAGAGCCAAGGACAGCCUGCCCGGCUCGGGCCCGGAGAGCUUGGCAGAGGAGCGCGGGACCCCAGCCAGCUCAGACACCCUGAGUGUGCAGGAAAGCUCCGAUCAUUACGGCUCUGGUUCAGAGGAAGCGGAGAUCCAGAGGUGGAAGCAGUCAGUCGGAGGGCAGCAGGGUGAUAGCUUGCGGGUGGCAUCAGAGACCUCGUCAGUGCCACCGCUUAGCCCAGCUCGCUCCAAAAGCCCUUGGGGGAAACUUGACCCGUAUGAUUCAUUUGAGGAUCAGGAAAAGGAGUACGUGGGUUUCGCCACCUUACCCAGCCAGGUUCACCGCAAGUCCGUCAAGAAAGGAUUUGACUUCACUCUCUUGGUGGCAGGAGAAUCAGGUCUGGGUAAAUCCACACUGGUGAACAGCCUUUUCCUCACAGACCUGUACAAUGACAAGAAAUUCCUCAACUCAGAAGAGAGGAUCACGCAGACAGUCGAGAUCACCAAACACACGGUGGAAAUUGAGGAGAAGGGAGUGCGACUGAGGCUCACCAUUGUGGACACACCAGGCUUUGGCGACGCUGUCAACAACAAGGAAUGUUGGAGACCGGUUGCAGACUAUGUGGACCAGCAGUUUGAGCAGUAUUUUCGUGACGAGAGUGGCCUGAACAGGAGAAACAUCCUGGACAACAGGGUUCACUGCUGCCUCUACUUCAUCUCCCCCUUCGGACACGGUUUGCGUCCGAUGGAUGUGGAAUUCAUGAGAGCCGUCCACGACAAGGUGAACAUCGUACCUAUUCUCGCCAAAGCCGACACACUGACUCCUGCCGAGGUUCGGAAAAUGAAGCCAAAGAUCCGUCAGGAAAUUGAAAGCUUUGGGAUAAAGAUCUACCAAUUCCCAGACUGUGAUUCGGAUGAGGACGAGGAGUUUAAGCAGCAAGAUAAGGAACUGAAGGAAAGCAUUCCGUUUGCUGUGAUUGGCAGCAACACUGUGGUUGAAGCCAAAGGAAGGCGAAUUCGAGGGCGUCUGUAUCCGUGGGGCAUUGUAGAAGUGGAGAAUCCCGCUCACUGUGACUUUGUGAAGCUGAGGAACAUGCUGAUCCGAACACACAUGCAGGACCUGAAGGACGUGACGCGAGACACUCACUACGAGAACUACCGAGCGCAGUGUAUCCAGAGCAUGACCCGCAUGGUGGUCAAAGAGCGUAACCGGAAUAAGCUGACGAGAGAGAGUGGGACGGAUUUCCCGAUUCCCCUCGUUCCUGGCCUGACAGAUAAUGAGACAGAGAAAAUAAUCCGGGAGAAGGACGAGGAGUUGCGUCGAAUGCAGGAAAUGCUACAGCAGAUUCAGAAGCAGAUGCACGGGAGGAAUGCGGAGGGGCUGUGAAGGGGGGGCGACUGCACUUUAGUUCAGGGAAUGACUUUGUUUACAUCCUUCACACGAGAGUCUCGAGCCAUCUCCUCCCCCUCGACCCCCAAACCCUGGCCUCCACACUUAACCUUCAUCACAAAGUGACUAACAAGAGGGUCCUUUAUUUUUUAGUUCUGUUAAUUGGAAAGGAAGUUUAGCAUAUAUAUGAACUGAUGUCUUGUACUGAGCUGGUUAAAGGAUCUAGUUGCUGAGCGCGGGUUCGUUUCACUGUGUAUAGUCCCACCGGGGUUUUGCUACUGCUGUGAUUAACACUCCGUGCAAAUGCAAUGUUACUACACCUACGCAGAAUGAGUUCAGGCUGUAACCCCCUCCCCUGCGCCCCUCCCUCACCUACUGCUCCAGAAAGUAAUAUUUUGUGUUAAAAAAUUAUAGAUGGAAAUAGUUAUUUAUUAAUUCUUAUUGAAAAAAAACCCAUUAAACUGCUAAGCGAAAAAUUGCACUGUGGAGUGAAUAUUUCAGACGUUAGACUUG